AGGAGGUGGGAGGUGGGAGACCCAAGUAGUCCACCAUCUUGCGCGUGUGUCUAACUAAUGUUUGUCGCGCGAUGCACACGAGUUGAUUCGAGUUUUGAUGUGAACGUGAACGUGAACGUGAACGUGAACGUGAACGUAAAAGUACAGCGACGUUUUCACGGAUGUCCGAUGAAAGUGACGCAAGGUGACAAUUUAGUUUGGAAAGAUUUCUACAUCUUUGGUGACAAGCAGUACGAAGACAACGAUUGACACUGGGUAGAGCAUCUUUGGGGAAACGGAGAAGGAAAAGCAAAGAUGGAGAAACACUGGGAGUAACCGAAAGUGGAUAGGAUGAAGGAUAUACGACGAAGAGGCGAGUGUAGGAGUUGAUUUUCAAUACUGUUGAUGUUCAAUCUUCAAUCCUCAAGCAUACGAUAUCGAUACCAGAAAUAAGAGGAAGCGGACGAGGAAAUAAAUCUCAAAAUGGAUGAAAAUCAACAGCGAGGGCCGAUAUUCCGAUCGCUCAACAGUCAGCACGAAUCCUUUGUCAGGUUUAUUAAUACAACGCCCCACCGCGUUACCCUAUACUGGAUGGAUUACCAAGGGCAGGCGGUUAGUUAUGGCGAUUUGUCACCUGGAGACUACAGGGAAAUCAACACGUUUCAUACCCAUCCGUGGAUCUUUGUCAACAAAGAAACGGGAGUCAGGUAUUUGGUGCAGCAGCAUGACGUUUUCUUUCCUGAACCAUGGUUCGUCAAAUAUCGUGGCGUCAGGCCAAGCGAGCUGCCGCAAAGAAUCGAGAGGACCGACGUGCACAUCGUGCUACCGAUAUUAACACUGCAACAAUUGUCACUGGGGGUCAUCAAAAAGUGUUUGACGUAUGAUUCGCAGGCCUUUCUUCUCGACAUUCCACGGAGUCUCCAAUUAGAACUCUUUACGAUGCUACCAAGAAAACCUCGAUCCUCGUGACAUAUUCUUGCGUAACGUCAUUGCUUUUUCGCGCGAUUAAAAUAAUAGCGGAAAAUUCUGAAACAUUUGUCACUUUUGCAAAGGAAAAGAUAUUUUAUGAGUUUGUUGUCUCUUUGAUUAUAUAUAAAAGAAAUAUGUCGACAGAAAUAUACAUAUAGAUAUGUGCCAUAUAUUGCCAUGUUAUAUGCCAGUUUUUAACGAUAUAUUUAAAGCAUUAAAUACAAAUUAAUAUAGUUUGGUUUGAGAUAAAGCUAAAAUAAUUUUUUUCCGUAUAUAUACAUUACGUCGAAAUCUCUUUGAAACUUUAAUGACACUAAUUAGGUACAAUUUCUUUUUUUAAUCAUGGAUUAUAAAUUAUAUAAAAUUGCAAGAAUAUUUAAAAUACGAGGUGCUCAUAGAGAGAAAUGGUAUGCGAUGAAUUCGAUUGUAUGCCGAGAUAUGCUUUCUUUACUUAAACUAUGUUUUUCAAGGAGUCGAGAUCAGAGAUAGAGAGAGAUACAUAUUUGCGCAAAGUUGUUAAUUUCAUUCGUUUCGUUAUGCAUACUUUUCUCACGAAUGGAUUUACAUGUGAUAUAGAGAUUAUUUUGUAUUAUUAAUAUAUUUUAUAUACUUGCAGUUUUAUUAUUAAUGGGAGCGUUUUCAAAGGUUUAUAUAUGUGUGCGCGCGCGCGCACACACAUGCUCGAGUAUUCCUUUGUUCUUUGUUUAAUGGCAAAUAAACUCUACGACGAAUUUUCUUGAUGUUCUAGCUUUUGAUAACGAUCUCGAUUAGGUGCACCGCUUAGAAAGUUUCGGUAAAAUCGUCGAUGCUCGAUAGUAAUCCGAGCUUGUUUCUGCAAUUUAUUAUUAGAGUUCCAAAAGUAUUAAUCGGCUUCUCUCUUCUGCACCUCGUCCUUUACGCUCCUUUCAUGUUCUUCUUAUUUGGCACGCGGGCUUGCGAAUCUCGGAAGCCAAUUUUUGUUAAUUAACAAUUAAGCGAGUAUGGAACACGUUUAGACUGUAUAGUAACAUUAAUCGUCGUCGAAAUGUAGUUUUUAUCAAAUGUGUUAAUUAUUGUGAUAGAUAGAUACAUGUAUUUCUACAAUUAUAUAAAAUAAAAUAUAUGUAUUAUACUACACACACCAACCAUUGAAACUGUAUAGAAAUAUAUAUUUUUAUAUUAUAAAUGAGACUCUUAAAUAAA